AUGUCUGCCGAAAAGAAUCAUUUUGGAAGUUUGUCGGACUUCAUAUCGAAGCACCGCACUCAAUAUCCCUCCUCUCGCACCAUCUUCGUGACCGGAGCGACGGCCGGGAUCGGGUUCGCCAUCGCCAAGCACCUCCUGUCCUCACGCGAUCAGCACCUCCUCAUCCUGUCCGGGCGCAAGGCUGAUGUGCUCAGCAAGUUCCAGUCUGACAACCCAGACCGGGUCAUCACGAGGGCGGGAGACAUGGCUGACCUUGAAUUCGUCCAAGGGAUGCUGCGAGACGUGCAGUUUGACGGUCGACUCGACGGGCUGAUUCUGAACCACGGUACCUUGGGGAAGUGCUUGCGGAUAGGGCAGAUGGAUAGCGACGAGUGGGAACGCACGUUCAGGAUCAAUGUGACAAGCUGCGUUGUCUUGAUCCAACAAACACUCCCGCUCCUCCGCAGCGCAAAGGGCCGCAUCGUCUUCACAUCCUCGGGCGCUGCCAUGAACGCGUAUCCCUCGUGGGGAGUCUACGGCGCCACGAAAGCAGCCAUCAACCACCUGGCCAUGACGUUGAAGGCGGAAGAGCCUGAUGUAACCACCAUAUCAAUUCGACCCGGGGUCGUUGACACGGCCAUGCAGACGGACAUCAGGGAGAAGUUCAUUCGCAACAUGGACGAUAAGGACCAACAGAAGUUCUUGAGCGCGAAAAGGGACGGGAAACUCUUGCCGCCGGAGAAACCAGGGAAUGUGAUUGCGGAAUUGGCCGUGGAGGCGAAACCCGAGUUAUCGGGAUUGUUUCUAAGGUAA